AUGCUUUUCAUUGCUAAUAGCGAAGAAGACGCCAAAUUCUACGCAAGUCAGGUGGUUUUGGCCUUUGAGUAUCUACAUUGCUUUGAACUGAUAUAUCGAGACCUCAAACCGGAAAACCUACUCAUCGAGUCUAAUGGCUACCUCAAGGUUGGUCGAGUUGUUGACUCACUGUUUUUUCUUUGUCAAGUAUUACGCUGUAAAAAUGAUUACUUCGCAUAUUAG